AUGGAGGUUCAGAAAAUUGACAUCAUGGCUGUGAGAACAUAUAAAUAAUGCACGCUGUUGUUCAGAUCAGCUGCAGCAACGUCUCUGAAGGGAGUAUUCUACGGGCUGAGUUCCUCUAGAGGCACUGCAGAAACCAGAUUUUGUAAGAUAGAUUGAGAAGCUCCUCUUCAGAAAACACUUCUGAGAACAUCUGAGAGAUUUUUCCUCUGUCUUUCAUUGUGCUUGCAAUUUCUUUUAAAAAACAUGUGCACUGGAAGCUGUGCUAAGUGCCUGGGAAUCACACUUAUCCCUUUGGCUGUGCUGUGCACACUCGCUAACAUUUUACUGUUUUUCCCUGGAGGAAAAGUGGCUGAAAACAAUGACCACAUUACAGACGAGGUUUGGUACUUCGGAGGGAUACUGGGAUCCGGCGUGUUGAUGAUCUUUCCUGCCUUGGUGUUUUUGGGCCUUAAGAACAAUGAUUGCUGUGGAUGCUGUGGUAAUGAGAGCUGUGGAAAGAGGUUUGCGAUGUUUUCCUCUAUAAUAUUUGCUGCUAUUGGAGUUGUGGGAGCUGGAUACUGCUUUAUUGUGUCAGCAGUAGCCAUAAACAAAGGCCCGAAAUGCAACGAUGGAUUACAGUGGCUCUAUCCCUUCAAGGAAGGGAAUUACUUAGGUGACCAAAGCUUGUGGAGCACCUGUGUGUCGCCUGCAGACAUUGUGCCCUGGCACCUGACCCUUUUUGCUUUGCUAUUGGUGAUGAGUGGGAUCCAGGCAGUGCUCUGCGGCAUUCAGGUUGUGAACGGACUCUUUGGAACGAUCUGUGGGGACUGCAGAUGCUGUGGAUGCUGUGGGGGUAACGGGCCUGUCUAAAGAACAUCAGCGGUGCAAAAAAACCCUCCUCACCUCUUGGAACCAUUUGGGAAAGGUUUCAGCAGCACCGCCUCUGCUAGGAAGAUCAGAAUGAAGGGCACUUCCCUACACCAUAGGAGUGAAGCCCUGACUUCUCUCCAGGCACCCAUGUGCUUGAAACCCCUCCUCAUGGAAUAAAAUUAGCAAAAGUCAAA